CUCAAUUCCAUCACGUGACUAUGUAAUCAAAAUCAUCACAAUCGCGCACGUGCAGAUUAAAAUUUAUUUUUUUCGCAUAUAUAUCGUAAACAGAUCACAUUGUGCGCGCGUGUUGAUAUCUUCAAGAUCGGAUAGAAUCGCACCUCAACUCGUUCUCUUGACCUGUAUUUCCCUUUCAAUACGCGAAUGAUAUCAUCAAUAAUGCCAUCACUUUCUCCUACGUCUAAUUUGUUUUGAGAAUCAAUCUUUUACCGCGCUACUUAUACGAUAUUGAACCACUCGUGCAUAUGAAUCGAAUGAACCGGAAAAUACUUUUAUGUUCUAAUUUUACGUUGAAAAUUGUAUACUUUCAGGUGAACUCCAACAAAUCACGAAAAGUUUACUAAAUUUCUCAUUACAGUGAUUAAGAACAUGUGGAUGUUAUGAUAUUACGCGUAUAUGCAGUGAGAUAAAUUGAUAUCAAUGUAAUACGUAGAACAAAUGUUUACGUUAUUAUCGAGAAUCGGCAUCACGUGUGCUUCGAUAUUAGAUGUUAGAUUACAUCAAAGUCGUCUUGUUUUAGGUAAACUCAUUUAAAAAUGUCGAGUUUUAAAGAUAACAAUUCAACCUUUAAAGAUAAUACACAUAGUUGUAAGCAGACAUGAGUACGUGAAAUAACUGCUGUGUAAAGUCGUCUCAGAAAAUAAAUUUCAAGAGAAGACUUUCUUAAGUUAUUCAAGAUCAUGCAGACCAGAAUCACACGGCUCUGUACACGCACGUAUUUCCGCGAGCCUUUUGUAAUACCGCUACAAUAAUUAACAAAGCUUGCAGCUUUGAACUGUUAUUUAAUGGGCUGCGAUAUUUUUUUAUCUUUUUCCUUGUUAUCAACUCCGUAUUCCUUUACACCGCUUUUUGAAAUUGCGAAAUUUAUUCCACACGGAGAAAAUUUUAUAUCAAAAAUUACUACGUACGGUAAUAGCCGCGGACCAUGAAGGAAUUAUAAAAAUUUUUACUAUGUUUUUCACAUGUGAAACGUGGUAAAAAUUUUCGGUUCGCGGCUUUAUGGUCCACGGUUAAUGCCGUACAUAGCAAUUUUCGAUAUAAAAUUUUCUCCGUGCAGAAUUUAUUGCUUCAGUUGCAAUUUAGAUUUUACGAUGUUACGGGGAUGUAAAGGUUUAUCAUUUGAUAAUUACGGUAAAAAAUGUACUUGAUAAUUGAUAAAGUUCAGAUAUUUGUCUUGUUGAAAAACGAAAUAACGAUAAUGCGCAAAGUUUAUUAAUUCAAUUAGACCUUAUAAUUUAUUACAUGCAAAAGCUUCCAUUCAAAUGACAGUAAAAACGUGCAAAUCGGCAUGGUAGCGAUAAUUGCGAAAGUUUAAUUAUAAAAUGUAGAGAUAAUUUGAAGAGCCGAAUAAUCAGAUAAAAAAGUAACGCAUUAAAUGAGUGUCGCGUCCUUUAAUUGGUCCGUGUAUUAUUUCGAUGCACUGAUGCACUGAUGCGAAUACAGAGACACGUGUUAAAUCUACACAGACAGAGCGAUUCGGUGCGCUUGUACUAGGCGAAUUGAUGCAUUGUUUGCGGGCGAGUUACGGAAUGUAUAUUUGCGGUGGUAAAUUUCGGAGCAUCGUCGGGUCUCGCGGAACUGCAAGCUUCACCUACAUGCGAUUCAGCAACAGGCGCUACGUGCGAGAGAAGAGAUAGAGGGAGGGGCGAUUCCAACAAACGAUGUCGGACUUCGGAGUAGAUGUUAAUGUAGUAUGUGUGUGACAACGGGAUUGACAACAUGGAUACGACUGACCUAGGAGGAGGUAUAAAUUGUACGCCACCGGCUAUAGAAGACUUUCCACACGACCUGUUUGAUGAGGAGCAAAGACAAGGCGGUGCCGUUGUCGUACACGUCAUCGUGUCGCUUUACUUAUUUAUCGCUUUAGCAGUAGUAUGCGAUAAAUUCUUCGUACCUGCUGUAGAAAAAAUAUGUCACGCACUCUCCAUGUCAAAAGACGUAGCCGGCGCGACGUUUAUGGCGGCGGCGACGUCGGCCCCAGAAUUAUUCGUGAAUGCCAUCGGAACAUUCAUCACGGAAGGUGACAUUGGCGUCGGGACGAUAGUAGGUUCCGCAGUAUUCAACAUCCUGGCUGUUCCAGCCUGCUGCGGCAUCGGUGCGGGAAUGGUGGUGCCUCUGGAUUGGUGGCCCGUAAGCAGAGAUUGUCUCGCUUACGGUGUCACAGUUGCUAUUUUAAUAUGCAUUAUACACGACGAGCGAGUGGAAUGGUACGAAGCGUUAACGUUGGUGCUCUUGUAUAUUGUUUAUAUCGCCGUGAUGUAUUGGGAUAAAUCGUUCCAGCGGUGUACGAGAUUCCGUACGAACGAGGAUCAGAUAUCCUCGGAUGGCCGACGAGUUGCACCAGAUUCUAGCGAUAUUCACUUACCAAGACCGGACAAAUUACAAUCGCCAGGGGAUCGCGUGGAGCAAAUAGCCACUAUCGACGUCCCAUUACAGAACGGCGGGACCAAAACGCAGGAGGAGAACCCAGAUCCUAGUAUGACAGAUUACGAGUACGAGCUGUUGGUGUGGCCAGCACACGCUGGAUGGUUGAGGAAGACCGCCUGGGUAACAACGUGGCCAAUUCAUUUGGUAUUCAUGUGUACAAUCCCUGAUUGCGAGAAGCCGCGAUUCAAGAACUGGUUCCCCAUUACGUUCUUGAUGUGCAUCAUAUGGAUCGGAUCACUCAGCUACGUGGUAGCGUGGAUGAUCACUAUAAUUGGCGACACACUCAAGAUACCGGAUUCUGUAAUGGGCAUCACUUUCUUGGCGGCGGGAACCAGCGUACCCGAAGCGGUGUCGAGCGUAAUUGUCGCGAAACAAGGGCACGGCUCGAUGGGCAUCAGUAAUUCGAUAGGAUCGAACACGUUCGAUAUAUUGCUGUGUCUUGGACUGCCCUGGCUGAUCAAGUCGUCGUUCUCGCCCACGCAGCCCGGCAGACAUUACAUCAGUAUAAAUUCCGGCGGGCUGGAGUACAGCGCCAUAUCGUUGCUGUCGACGCUGAUGCUCCUCUACAUCGCGUUCGCCUCCAACAAGUUUCAGCUCGACACAAAAGUGGGCCGCGCCUGUCUGUGCAUGUACGCCGUGUUCCUCAUACUGGCGUCCCUGAUCGAGCUCAACGUAUUCUUCAUGGUAAACCUCCCCACCUGCCAAAGGACGGUGAAAUGAUCGGGCACCGACGGACGAUGACCCGCCCGCAAUGAUGUCCGGGCGCGGCCCCGCUCGCAAUCCGCGCCGGAAACGUUCCCCCCUCCCUCCACCCCGAACUUACCGAGAGACCCACUCGAGAGAGGGGUGUUUAUUUCCAUCUACACGGGACACAACUACCGUGUGUACAGUUUUAAUAUCAUAAUGUUAUCGCCACAUACACAUACACAUAUACACACACCCACACGCGCGCACCCACAUACACACAUACACAUACGCACACACAUUAUAGAUACACACAACGUACACACAUUAUUAGAACCAUGACAAUAACGCAUUUUGUAUUUACUUAUGCUCUAAAAUCUCUUUGUCUCCCUUUGCUCUCUUCUCUUAUUUUUUAUCUCGUAUUCAUUCCCAUUUUUGAAUAUUAAUCGAUAUCUUUUCGCGCCAUUCCAUACGUUUUACGCUCUUUUUCAUGGUUGUUUUUUUUUCUAAUUUUUAUUCGUAUUAACGCCAACUCUUUAUUCUUCCUUUUUUUUUUUGCUUAUCUUUCUCUUAAAGUACGAUCAUCGUGCUUACGGCCAUAUUGUGUGCGCCGAAAAACCGACAACUUAUGAUUAGCCACAGUAACGAGCCAUGGAUCUCAUGCCUACACGAUCGGAAGUUCGCCCGUGGAAUCCAGACGCGUGCGUCGAUAGUUUGGCAAAGUCAAUAAUAGCGAUAAAAAAUAAAAAAAAUAAAAAAAACCGGGAGAGAGAGAGAGAGGAAUCGGAAAAGGGCGCUCUGCGACUGUGUCUAAUUGUACGAAAGCGCGAAGAAGACUGCCGUUCCGUUAGCAUAUUGCAGUAUCUCGGCGUCAGUGUGUAAUAGCGAUGAAUGUGUUUACACGAGUGAACGUCAUAUCCGAUUUAGCCGCGACAACGCGUGUUGUCCGCACAGAGCCUGCCGUUAAUCACCGCGAGCCCGCCGAAGCGUCGCGUUCUUUCAACACUAUGCAGCAAAGCCCUCCGCACGGAAUAACUGCUGUCAACAAUAAUCGCCGCUGCACGGUUACUCGGUGAAUUUGCAUCCCAGCUCUCUCGUAUCUCCGUAAUAUCCGAGGAAACAGCAGAAGCUCCCUGGUUUCGAUCACGAACGCCUCCUUACGCUCUCGAUGUAAAGCGAAAAACAACACACGUACACGAAGUCGAGCCGCUGUAAUGUCGAAAAACAAGCCGUCGCACGCGAUACCUUUUUUUUUUUUGCGAUAUACACUCUUCACAUUGCGACACACAAAAUCUGUGACUGUAAAUGUGUCUAGAUAAAGCCGUAACUUAACAUUUAAUAAAGUACUGUAAUAAGUUAUUAAAAUAAUGCAGCCAGUAAAUCGACCCCUGUCCAGUUUCUGUGAGUGUAAUUUCAAGGUAAAUUUUAGCCAACGAUGUUAAUUUUUAUAAGAUAGUUUCAAAAGAUGCGCUUCUAUUUAUGCAUUUAUUGAGCACAAGAAAAAAAUUAAUUUGCAUUGAAUUUUUAUUUCGAUUUAUGUAAAAAAAUUAGUAAUCCGAAAGAAAUGAGAUCUCUGAAACGGUUCUAUGCAUUAAUGAUAUAAAAGUUAGAUCUACAUAUCUUGAGAAUGAUGGAAUGUUAAAAUAGAUCAUGCUUCAGCUGAUGUUUAUAUUUCAUCGCAAAGAGAUAUCUCAUGUUUGUAUGGAUAACAUCGGUUUUAUUUUCCGUGCGCGCAGAUGUUUCCAACGUACUAUGAUAUUUCUUAGGUAUUUACAUUUACAUAGCGAAAUCGAGCGAAAGAGGAUCCGAAUAUACAUCAUAUCGAUGCCAGCAUUACUCUUUACUUUUUCGAUACGCCAGAUGUGUAUAUUUGCCAUCUGAAAAACGUUCGUCGCGUGCAUAUAUACACACCUCCUGACAUAUUCAGAUACAUUUAGAUGGAUUUGACACGCCGGCCGGCCGGCCGGCGACUGUUUCGCGUUCUUAGCGCCGAAAAAUUAAGUCUCCACAAUUAAUCGAUGAUAUCUCGCGGAUCAAUUAUCCGAGAUUAAUGAAUCUGGACUCGCGAGAAGCGCCGGAGUCUCAGCUUUCCAAUGAGACUCGUUUCAAUCCGCUACGAUUUUUCUACGCGAAAAUAUCGUCGAUUAUAUUGACCCGCGACGAUCCUGAUCUAGGGCGGUGCCGGUCGACGAAACGGUCGUCUGAUUCCCGCUCACCCUACUACUGCCGAUCAGCUGGUCAACUGAGCGUGGUACCGUUACGAUUACGUAACAGCUGACGCGCGUCACACCUACGCGUACACACACACACACACACACACACGCGCCGCGUUAUUCAUAGAUAAUGCGUGCGCGACGAAUUUUCCAAACGCUAUAACUCGGACGAAAAAUUGACGUAGCGACACGUGACAAAAACGAGUCUUUUGCGUUUCGCGCUCCGCAGAUGCUCAUGCCUGCUGCAUGUGCUGUUGUCGUGACACAAUUUUUACGAAUUUUACAAUUACAAUACAUUUACAAAUUACAUUUUACAAUAUUUACGAAUUAUUGUUGUAAGUACAGGAAAGUCUUAUCUAAUAAUUAUAGAAUGCUUAUUUAUUCGUAAAUAGUGUAUAUUUAGCGCGCGUAAACAAUUUAAUCUAUUAAAAGAAAUAAUAAAUUUACCGAGUUACUGGCUGCAUAGCAACGCGUGGAAAUAUACAUAAGUGCGUUAAAUUUUACAAAACGAUAUGGCAAUAUUUAACAAUAUGGUCAACUGG